AGCUAUGGGGUCCGGGUUCAAGAUCGGAUCAAGUUUCCGUUUAGCCACCGCAUUCACAUGGUGCCUUCUCAUUGCAUCAACCUAUUUUCCAUUCACCACAUCAGCAGCCCGGUUUGAGGUAAGAAACGAGAUAACCAAAUUCCCGGGAAGAAACAGACAACUCUCGUUUGAAUGUUGGUCAACUACCAACGAUCUAGGCUUGCAUGCUCUCAACCCAGGAGAAUCCAAAAGCUGGUCGUUCAAGGCGGUAUACAUCAAGUUACCGUUCAUGUACACGUACUUUCAGUGCAGGUUCUUCGUCGGCUUUGGCUCGCCUGAUGGUCAGAUCGCAACUGUUUUUGCUGGUGAGAGAAAAUUCAGGUACGAAUGCGAUGAUCAGGAGGAAGAGUGCAUUUGGGUGGUGAAGAGAGAAGGGUUAUAUCUAAGGAAGAUCACAAGGGAUGAUAAAGGCCAAAGGCUUUACGAAGACAAAUUGAAACUGGCUUGGAUUGGUGGUACUAACUACUUCCCGAUUUAUGAGGAUCAAUAA